CCUUCAAUUAUGAAGAUGAAGAGUAAUUAACACCCAUAUUUAUCUCUCAAAAAAAUUCCAUCUUCAUUUCACUUAGCCUCAAUCGUAUCACUCUUCUCUUUCUCUCUCUAACAGAGGUCGAAGUUGGAGGUGGCUGAAAGUUCCUUUUCAUUGAAAUCAAAUCAACAUGUCUGGCAUUGAGGAUGUUGAACAACCUGAGCAUGUAGACGAAUCAGAAAAGUGCAUGCCAUCAGCCAAACAGGAGGAAGAAACUGUUAAGAAGAAAUAUGGAGGGAUUAUGCCCAGGAAACCACCUCUUAUUUCAAAGGAUCACGAACGUGCAUACUUUGACUCUGCUGACUGGGCUCUAGGGAAGCAAGGAGCGGAUAAGCCCAAAGGACCACUUGAAGCACUUCGACCUAAACUACAGCCAACACAACAGCAAACACGAUAUCGGAAAUCUCCUUGUGGUCCUGCUGAUGAUGAAGGAGGGAACGCAACAGCAGAAGAUACACCCGCAACCGAAUGAGGACAUGUCUUUAUAAAGGCAUCUAUUUUGGUUGUGAUGUUAUCUAAGGGUGGUUGGUUAUUAUGAUUCCAAAUUUGCAGUCAGUAAUGUUUUUCGGUUCGCACAAUAAAGAAAAUAAAAUAAUUUGAAUUUUUUUUGGUUAUAUUUACUCAUUCCUCAUAAUUGGGUGGCAUAUUUCCUUAUGGGUCUGCUGUGAACCAAGUGCUCCGAGAUUGAAAUGAAAAAAAAAAAAUCCAAACAUCUGUCUUUCUUUCUACUAGGCAUGAUUUGCUGGUAGUUUUUGAGAAAAAAGUAUAUGAUUCUGUGUU